AUGGUCAGCUGUAAAUUUAAGAACGCUAUUAGUCAUGCAAAGCACUCACUUAACCCAGAUAGAGAAAAACAGCCCAAGGGUAGUACAAUGCGAACUAAGGCUACUAUUAAGCGACUUAAUAUGUACCGUAAUUUCAAGGCCAAAAGGAACAAAAAUGGGAAAAUAGUUCGCCCUGCACCUUUUCAAUCAACUCUACCCUCCGGUACAGUUGCACGGGUUGAGCCUAAUAGACGAUGGUUUGGCAAUACACGUGUUAUAAGUCAAGAUACGUUACAAAGUUUCAAAGAAGCAAUGAAGAUCCGAAAUCCCUACGAAAUUAUUUUACGUCAGACUCGCUUGCCUAUAUCACUUUUAGAUGAAAAGAAGACGAAAACCAAAAGUGCUCUUUUAACAUCGCAGAGCUACUCCUAUGUAUUUGGGGAUAAAGCGCAGCGCAAAAGACCUUCGUUGGAGUUUGAUGAUCUAUCGUCACUUGUACAACAUGCUGAGUCAAAUCAGUAUUUGUAUAACUCGACGGAUGAUAAACAUAUGGUUCGAUGUGAUGAUGGUGUCCGAGAAUUAACACAGGAUCCUCACUUCAAAGCUGGUCGAUCGAAGAGACUAUGGAAUGAGUUAUUUAAGGUUUUAGACUCUUCGGAUGUUGUACUGUACAUUUUGGAUGCGCGCGAUCCGAUGGGCACACGAUCUCCUUAUAUUGAGAAGUACUUAAAGACUGAAAAACCACAUAAACAUUUCAUUUUUAUUAUCAACAAAGUGGAUUUAGUCCCUGUAUGGAUAACAAAACGAUGGAAAGCCAUUUUAUCUGAAGAAUAUCCUACACUUAUAUUCCACGCUGAUAUGACUAAGCCUUUGGGUAAAGUUGCUCUCAUGGGUCUUUUAAGGCAAAUGGCAUCACUUCAUAGUAAAGAACGACCACAAAUAUCAGUCGGUAUCAUUGGUUAUCCAAAUGUUGGAAAAAGUAGCAUCAUUAAUGCUCUUAGAAAUAAAAAAGUGUGCAAUGUCGCUCCGUUGGCUGGUGAAACAAAAGUAUGGCAGUAUGUUACUCUAAUGAAAUCUAUAUUCUUAAUCGAUUGUCCCGGAGUUGUCUAUCCUGAUGGCAAUACUGAAGCAGAAUUAGUUAUGAAAGGAGUUGUGAGAGUAGAGUACUUACAGCAGCCUGAUCUGUAUAUUCGUGAUGUAUUGGAACGUGUUAAACCAGAAUUUCUACAAGCCAAGUAUAAUCUACCACCAUUGUCAUUUGACGAUGUUCAGAAUUAUUUGCAAAAGCAAAUUACGGAUAAUGAAACAAAUAAUGAAAGUAGUAAGGAUAUUAAUUCAACUUUAUCACAAUUCUCUACUACACCUUUAUUAUGGAAUGACUAUCCAGAAUUAUUUUUAGAAACCUUAGCUCGACAAAGUGGUAAAUUACUAAAGGCUGGUGAACCGGAUUUAAACACCACUGCUAAGCGUGUACUAAAUGACUUUCAACGUGGUCGACUACCCUACUUUGUCAAGCCACCUAUGGAGGCGGAAGAACUUAAACAGAAUGAUGUCGAUGAAUACUCAGAAGAAAUCAUCAAGGUAUUAUAAAAAAUGUUCCCCAAUAAUAUCUUGUUAUUACUACAUUCUGCAUUUACACUGAUAUAGGUAAUUUCUCACAGCUUAGUAAAGGUAGAAAUAAGGACCAGUGUUUGUGUCCGAAUUCCCACAUUUCUACAUAAAACAGUGAGAAGUUAUAACCAAGAAGAUUGUACGUAAUGGAAAACAGGAAUAUCUUAUGUUUUAUAAACUAAUAAACCUGUUUUGUGAUGUGUUUAACAAGUGAGUAAUGGAGAUACUAAAUGCAAAUGCAUUGGGAUUUCACUGAGAGUAAAGCAUAAAAUGUAUUGUUGCAAAUCAACCCUAUUUUCUGACUUGAUACAUAUAUUACUUGCAGUAAAAUUAUUCUACAUGCCUUCGCUUCUUUUAAUACAUAGUACCAUCGAACGCAAUUUUUUAAAGCAUAAUUUAUCGUUUUGAAUAAGUAUUCUGACUCUUGACAUUAUGGACAGACUAAAACAAAGGCAAGUCUAUGUUUUAUUAAAACUGAUGAAAUGUUAUUAACCCAGAGAGAGAGAGAAAGAAAAGCAGGCUACUAGUCUCGAAUUACAUCCGGUAUUUUAUUUAAACGAAGUGAUGCUAAGGAGCUUUCAAACUUAUAUACAGUUUUUCCUACCUGAAGUACAAAAACCAAAUAAACGUCAAAAAACUAAUAAGAAAUGUCGUACUAUGAAUCUCAAUGAAAUAAUCAAAUAACAAUCUACUAACUAUUCCGCUCCCUGUUAUAAAAAUCAGUUGAAAGAAAGAACUAGUUGUAACGGAUACAAUGGGAAACACGAAGCCUGAGUAUAAUUUCAAUUACCCAUAGAGAUAAGUGGGCUUUUGUCAAUUACUGUUGAUGAAAUACCCGUGAAACCUAAUGUAGGCUUGUAAGUUAUAACAGUUAUGCUAUAGCAGAGACGGUAUUUGUGAUUUAGUUAAUAAAGUAACCUCAUACUGUUAACAUUUGGUGUCAUUCUGUAAUAUAUUUGCCUUGUUCAAAUUAUUUUGUUCUGAUUAAUAGGACUUAUCAGUGGAUGUAUCAGAUAAGGAUCAAUCCAUUACUGAUGUGAUUUCUUCUACUGACACCGGUUUCGCAGAAGAUCUAUCUGAGACAGACUGUAGUGAUGGAGAGUUGGAAUCAAGUAACAUACUCAACUACGAUCUAAACACUAAUGAUGAUAAUGUUAAAGCCGUAAUAACUUCAAAGGAAUCAGUCCAGAUCUUGACAUCAAGGCAAAAAAGAAGUAUGGACAGAGCUAUACGACGUCAGAAAAAUCGUGCAGGUCGUCAAUUUUACAAAGAAAUCCGUGACCAGCGACCUGGUAGAAGUUCUGGAGGUAAUAGCCAAGAUCUAAGGAAACUAAAUUGCCGAUCCAAGGUUAAUAAAAGGCGCUAAUGAAACAAAUAUUAGUAUUGAAUAAGGGUCGACUAUGUAUAUAAUGUUAUUUUGUAUCAAUACAUUUUACACAUGGA